CCAUUUUGAAAGUGGAGUCGCUUGCCCCUGCCGCCGCGGCCGCCGUCGCUGCCGUAGCCGCCGCCGCCGCCGCUACUGCUGCCGCCAACACCGAGGGAGAAGGAGCACGAGAGGGGACGCCCCCGAGUGAAAGCCACCAUCCUGCCGGCCUCUCCACCCGGACCGCUUCCCUUCCGCCCAGGUCCCCGUCCCCUCCCCCCUCAGGUGCCAUCCGCCUCCAUCCGCGCCCUCGAUCCACCCAUCCCCAGGUGAGGGGGCUGAGCCCCGGUCGCGGAGACCCCGAGGAGCCCGGCAGGGUCAUCAUUUGCAGCGCGACAUGGCAGGAGCUGGAGGAGGGAAUGACAUUCAGUGGUGUUUUUCUCAGGUGAAAGGAGCCGUAGAUGAUGAUGUAGCAGAAGCAGAUAUAAUUUCUACAGUAGAGUUUAAUCAUUCUGGAGAAUUGCUAGCGACAGGAGAUAAAGGUGGGAGAGUUGUCAUCUUUCAACAAGAGCAGGAGAACAAAAUCCAGUCUCAUAGCAGAGGAGAAUACAAUGUUUACAGCACCUUCCAGAGCCAUGAGCCAGAAUUUGACUACUUGAAAAGCUUAGAAAUAGAAGAGAAGAUCAACAAAAUUAGGUGGUUACCCCAGAAAAAUGCUGCCCAGUUUUUAUUGUCUACCAAUGAUAAAACAAUAAAAUUAUGGAAAAUCAGUGAAAGAGACAAAAGACCAGAAGGCUAUAACUUGAAAGAGGAAGAUGGAAGGUAUAGAGAUCCUACUACAGUCACUACAUUACGGGUGCCAGUGUUUAGACCCAUGGAUCUAAUGGUGGAGGCCAGUCCACGGAGAAUAUUUGCCAAUGCCCAUACCUACCACAUCAACUCAAUUUCUAUCAAUAGUGAUUAUGAAACCUACUUAUCAGCGGAUGAUUUGCGGAUUAAUCUCUGGCAUCUGGAAAUUACAGACAGGAGUUUUAAUAUUGUGGAUAUCAAGCCUGCCAAUAUGGAAGAGCUCACAGAGGUGAUUACAGCAGCAGAAUUCCAUCCCAACAGCUGUAAUACAUUCGUGUACAGCAGCAGUAAAGGAACUAUUCGGUUAUGUGACAUGAGGGCAUCUGCACUCUGUGACAGGCAUUCUAAAUUGUUUGAAGAACCUGAAGAUCCCAGCAACAGGUCAUUUUUUUCUGAAAUCAUCUCUUCUAUUUCUGAUGUAAAAUUCAGCCAUAGUGGUCGCUAUAUGAUGACUAGAGACUAUUUGUCAGUCAAAAUUUGGGACUUGAAUAUGGAAGACAGGCCUGUGGAGACAUACCAGGUACAUGAAUACCUCAGAAGUAAACUUUGCUCACUGUAUGAAAAUGACUGCAUAUUUGACAAAUUUGAAUGUUGUUGGAAUGGGUCUGACAGCGUUGUCAUGACUGGAUCCUACAAUAAUUUCUUCAGAAUGUUCGACAGGAACACAAAGCGGGAUAUAACUCUAGAAGCAUCACGAGAAAACAAUAAGCCUCGCACAGUUUUGAAGCCACGCAAAGUCUGUGCAAGCGGCAAACGAAAGAAAGAUGAAAUAAGUGUUGACAGCCUAGACUUCAACAAGAAAAUCCUUCAUACAGCUUGGCACCCCAAGGAGAACAUCAUUGCCGUAGCGACUACAAACAAUCUGUACAUAUUUCAAGACAAAGUGAAUUAGGCUGGCGUUCCUAGCAGAGGAGCCACUUCCUGCUUAGUGAGAUAGUUGAAUCUAGCAUUCAUACCUAUAAGAGAGCGGUCCAUUGUGGCGCCCCUUUCCAGUGUUUGACAGUGUGCCAUUCGACAACACAUUUGAUAGCCACAUGGAGAAAGCUGUGUGGGUGCGUCCCGGGCUGUUCUCCAUGUCUGCUAGCCAUUAGGGAAGGGAAGGGCACUUUUAAUUUAAUGACUUCUUGCACCAUCUUGCCUGGUGGACUGGACUGGACUGUGUCAGCAUUGUUGUACUCCACUUUUUAUGCCUUCCAUUGUGAUGACGUCAAACACAGUGAACGCCUUCAGUCAUGCUAUGGGAUUUGUGUAUCCUCAUUACUGUAUCAUUUGUGGGGUACACCCCUCUUUUUUAAAUUAAAUACAGCUCAUUCUUACUGUGGCUUGUAGCAUUCCUCCUCUCUGGCCUCCUGGACUCUUCCCCCUCCAUCUCUUACCCUUGCCCUUUCCACCUGGUCUCGGUGGUGGCAUAUCAACAAAAGGAAGAACUAAAGAAAGCACACAAAAUGAGUCGGUCUGGGGUCAGUGGUAACGGGGGUAUAUGUUGCGAACAAAUGUUUUAAUAACAGUUGGCUGUAAUCACUCCUUGCCAUGUCUGGCACUGAAAAUAAGGAAAAAAAAACCUACUACUGAAUAAAAGUGACAAAGAAUGGAGAA